ACCUUUUCUGGUCAUCGUUCUUGUGAAAGUUUGGCAGAUUAUUGUCAACUCAGUGAAGAUCAGCAUAUUACUAAUACAGCACUGCUAAUUCCAUUUUCAUUGUAUAAAUUAAAUUUGGAUGAAUAUAAUAAUUAUGAAGAUAUAAGUGUAAAUCAAGAGUAUCAGGAAGACCAAACUGAAAUUAAAACGCAAAGCCUAACUGAAAUUGAUAAGCAAGGCCCAACUGAAAUUAAGAAGCAAGGCCCAAUGGAAAUUGAGAAGCAAGGCCCGAUUACAAAUGAGAAUCAAGGCCUGAAGAAUUAG